AUGUGCACUAUAGAUUCGUUUGAGGAUUAUGUCGAUCCAAUCCAGGAGGCGAUUGACGACCUACUUCUUCCGACUUUGUUCGGUCAAUCAGAGCCUCUCCCUAACAAGGUACGUUUACUUGUCACCUUAACAACGGCUCAAAGGGGUCUGAGCAUGCCAGAUUUGAGAGCUGAGGCGCCACAACACUUUGCUGCCUCGAAGUCAAUAACUACUGCGCACGUAGAUUCUAUCACAUCGCAGACUACAUUUAUGGCAUCAGGCGAAAGCCCUACGGAGGAGCUUAAGAGACAUCAUCAGUCACUUAAGAGGGCGCGUGACAAAGAGAAAACGGAAAACAACUCUUUCCCCAGAUCUGCUACGACUAGUUAAUCAAUCGAGAGACAAGGGCACAAGUUCUUGUUUAAAUGCGAUGCCUCUCGCAGAUCAGGGCUUAGCCCUUAGUAGGCAGGAGUUCAAAGACUCGCAACGCUUACGGUAUAAUUUGCCUCUAGUCGAUCUGACAAGUCUAUGUGUUUGUGGAGAUAAAUUUACUGUAGACCAUGCCCUCUCAUGUAAAAAGUGAGGCUUUGAAGCGCAGAGACAUGAUGGUGUCCGUAAUUUAUUAACGGCAUUCAUCAAUAAGGUCUGCAACAAUGUGGAAAUUGAACCACGCCUUCAACCCCUCGACAACGAACGGCUACAUUUGAGAAGUGCCGUCACAAGCUCUGAGGCAAGAUUAGACAUCAAGGCGGGAGGUUUCUGGUCAAGAGGAGUUUCGGCAUUUUUUGAUGUAAGGGUUACGCACGUUAACCCCAAGUGUUAUCAGAACAAGACAACAUCUUAG